CGCGGGAAUCCACGUCACCCAAGACAUUGGCGGGAAACGAGCCUCCUUAAGUGUUAGCGCGGGAAGCCACUAAGUGUAGUAACUCCUGGAGUUGAUCUCUCGAGUGCGUUUCUGUGAGAAACAGAGAGGCAUAUCUGGAAAUGGUGGGGCGUCCGUACGAUUGCUUGGCGAACCCUCUUGGGGCCGUCCGAUUCAGUUUCGAGAAGGCUGUAUCCUCUGGUUCAGAUCCGGCUUCUUUUGACCGCAAUGAUUGGGGCGUCGCCGAUCUCUUCCGUGAGUUUCUUUUCGACAACGAUGGCCUCAAUCAGGUUCCUAUGCUAACUCCAUCAACGGUUAAAUGGGUUCAACCGAACUCUUUGGUUCGGUUUCGUGGAAUGAUACAAGACAUGCUUGGUAAUGAAUUCUAUGUUGGUGCUUACAAGAGUAAUGAUACAUGGAAUACCAACAAGUUUACAGAUGUGUCUCAAUAUCCCAUGGGUACCUCAUCCCAUACGCGCAUCUGGGAGCGUCGAUUACUCUACUGUGUUCCUGUGCCUGGUCUGAAUUCAUGGGCGGAUGCUACUUCGGAUGGUGUGGUAAAUACAUACGCCACAUCAGCAAGCCGAGAGAAGCGACAGAGGGACAAUUGCUCUGUUUCUGAUGAGGUGGAAAUGCAAGACUCGAAUAAUGCGAUACCGGAUUCUCCUAGUGCAAAAAAGAUGCGAGAUGUCGAAUCUCUCCCGCAGGAGAACAUGACAGAUUGUGGUAUGAUAAUGGUGCCUGAUUUUGAUAGAAAUAAUUUUCCUUGUCUAGUGAAGAUAUAUGACACACCAGAGUCUGACUUGAAGCUAAACGACGUUCUUGAGUUUAUCGGUGUUCUUACAUUUGACACCGAUGUAAAAAAUGGUGAACAUGAACUGGAAAAUUGUUUUGACCAAGAGGAAUUAGUCAACCUACCUCCUAGCAAGGUGCCGCGUCUUCAUUGUCUUGUACACCGAAAGCUCUCACCUAUCGAUAUGAUUUUGAGAUCACCAACAAUAGAGCCGAAACCUCAUCUGAUGAAAGAAAUACGCGAGUCCCUUUUGCGCCAUCUUACCGUAGUUCUUGGUGACGAUGAUUUAGCAGCUAAUUUUAUAUUAUUACACCUAUUAUCAAAGGUUCACAUAAGAGUAGACUCAAUUGCGGUGGGGAAACUAUCACUUAAUCUUACCUGUUUUGACAAAUCAAGUAUAUCGGUGUUUGGUAACCGUAUUAAUGAUGCAGUAAAAAACCUUUUACCUUUCAGUCAAUGUAUUCCCCUCACAGUGGAGUUUCUUAAUACUGCUUCACUUGCUCCAGUCAAAGAUUACCAAACAAACAGACUUGUGCCGGGGGCUCUUCAGUGUGCAGAGGGUUCACAUUUUACAAUAGACGAAACACAGUUACAAUCAGGGACUUUAAAUAGCAACGGGAUUGAAAACACACGGCUGCUUAAGGAUUUAAUGGAGUUCCAAAAGUUGGAAUAUGAUUUCAAAUAUUAUAAAAUGCAAAUGGAUACAGAUGUUCAAAUCCUAAUUCUUUCCGAAGGAAAAUCAAACAUUUUACCGGCGGAUAUUGUCAUCCCUUUCCACCCAUCAUCUGUGGGUCCUACUACAGUUGUGGAUGAACAAACGUUAAAUGCGUGGAGAUGGUAUUUGGCCACUGCUAGAUCAUUGCCGCAUACUAUUGGAGAAGAUAUGCAAAAGGUGGUAGAAGACGAUAUGGUUGCAGCGAGACAGGCUGAUCGAAGCUUGGGAACCGAAGAUUUUAACAGAUGGCUUACUAUGGGGCGGCUAAUGGGGGUGAGCUUUGGCGAGACGUGCCUGUCACAUGAGCAUUGGCAAAUGGUGAAAGAAAUGGAAAGGCUACGAAAAGAGAGGCUCAAAUAAGUGCAUAGAUGGUUGGUUAGGUUUUGUGGUUGAUGUGGUUUAUGAAAUUUAGCCAUUAUUCGAGUAUAUGGUUUCACUCCCUUUGAUUCAUGGCUCAAUUGUAUGAUGUAUCCUAAUCUUCAUUUGCAUUUAAAGGCUUCCGUCCUUGUUUUUACAUA